AUGUCGAGCUACAAGGCCCUACCUCAGACCGAAGAACUCGACCCGCUCUUUCCUGCGUCCUUGGAUGAACCUACCAACGCCGAACCGCGCUACACGAAGCUCAUCCGCAUCGUCGUCUACGUACUGCUCACCAUCAACACCGUCCUCUUCGUCGCGAACGACAGGACGAGCGCCACGAUACGCACAUCGCUAGAUAACGUCCUCCCUGUGCUCGAUCCGCGCGUGCUGCCGCGGCCUGAUCAGUACGAUGGGCUUCCUGAGGCGUCGCGGAAUAAGACUAUCGUUUUGCGCGACGAGGAUGGCAACCUUGUCUAUCCUGACGCGGAGAGGAGGCGUAGUGUUAUAAGGACUGGUAUGAGGUCGUCUCGCGCCUGGGCGCCGUGA